AGUUGCCAAGUUCUAAUCCUUCUGCUCUGCUUCGUGGGUCCUGAGUUCAGCCUUGAGAAGUUUGUCCAGACCUCGUUACAGCCACCUGCUCCCCAGGGCCCUGGGCUCCGCGGGCCGGGUUCACGCGGCCCCUCCCCAGCCGAUCUUCCCAAACUGCCUUCACCCUGCUGCCCCCCAAGGGUACGUGUGCCUAUCAGCCCAGGUGCGUCCAGUUAGGGGUCUGCCCCCUGAGGAAAGCUGCUUUGCCAAGCUCAUUCGUGUGAAGGAAGGUGGCCAAUACAGAGUAACCUCCAACCAAGAGACACGGAGUAAUUGCUUCACUCCUCUGCCCCUUGCCCCACUCCACCAAAAAGGCUUAUCAAGACGUAAUUCUCAGUAAAAGGACCAAGGCUGUGUCAAGAUGGCGUCCGUGUUCCGCAGUGAGGAGAUGUGUUUGUCCCAACUCUUUCUCCAGGUGGAGGCUGCAUAUUGCUGUGUGGCUGAGCUUGGGGAGCUUGGAUUGGUUCAGUUCAAAGAUUUAAAUGUGAAUGUGAACAGCUUCCAAAGGAAAUUUGUGAAUGAAGUCAGAAGGUGUGAGUCACUGGAGAGAAUCCUCCGUUUUCUGGAAGAUGAGAUGAAAAAUGAGAUCGAAGUUCAGUUGCCAGAGAAAGCCCCCCCAACCCCUCUCCCGCGGGAAAUGAUUACCCUGGAGACUCUUCUAGAAAAACUGGAAGGAGAAUUACAGGAAGCCAACCAGAACCAGCAGGCUUUGAAGAAAAGCUUCCUAGAACUGACUGAACUCAAACACCUCUUGAAGAAAACCCAGGACUUCUUUGAGACGGAAACCAAUCUAGCUGAUGAUUUCUUUACGGAAGAUACUUCUGGUCUCCUGGAGUUGAGAGCUACACCUGCAUAUGUGACUGGAAAGCUGGGGUUCACGGCCGGUGUGAUCAACAGAGAGAGGAUGGCUUCCUUUGAGAGGCUGCUGUGGCGAGUCUGCCGAGGGAACAUCUACCUGAAGUUCAGCGAGAUGGACGUGACUCUGGAGGAUCCUGUCACGAAAGAAGAAAUUAAAAAGAAUAUUUUCAUCAUAUUUUAUCAAGGAGAGCAACUCAGACAGAAAAUCAAGAAGAUCUGUGAUGGGUUUCGAGCCACCGUAUAUCCUUGCCCGGAGCCCGCGGCGGAGCGCAGAGAGAUGCUGGCCGGCGUCCACGCGAAGCUGGAAGAUUUAAUCGCCGUCAUAACACAAACAGAGUGUCACCGUCAGCACCUCCUUCAACAAGCGGCUGCCAAUUGGCACUCCUGGGUCAUUAAAGUGCAGAAGAUGAAAGCCAUUUACCACAUCCUGAACAUGUGCAACAUUGACGUCACCCAGCAGUGUAUCAUCGCCGAAAUCUGGUUCCCGGUGGCAGACACUGGGCGCAUCAAGAAGGCAUUAGAGCAAGGCAUGGAACUAAGUGGCUCCUCCAUUGUCCCCAUCCUGACUACAGUGCAAUCUAAAACAUCUCCUCCCACAUUUAACAGGACGAAUAAAUUCACAGCUGGCUUCCAGAAUAUUGUAGAUGCAUAUGGUGUGGGCAGUUACCGGGAAUUAAACCCAGCUCCCUAUACCAUCAUCACAUUCCCCUUCCUGUUUGCCGUGAUGUUUGGAGACUGUGGUCAUGGGAUUAUCAUGCUGCUGGCAGCCCUGUGGAUGGUUCUUAAUGAGAGACGCUUGCUCUCCCAGAAGACCAACAACGAGAUCUGGAACACCUUCUUCCACGGACGCUAUCUGAUUCUCCUUAUGGGCAUCUUCUCCAUCUACACGGGCUUGAUCUACAACGACUGCUUCUCCAAGUCUUUCAACAUCUUCGGCUCUUCUUGGAGUGUCCGACCGAUGUUCCGAAAUGGCACAUGGAAUACACAUGUAAUGGAAGCAAAUCCAUAUUUACAGCUGGACCCAGCCAUUCCAGGAGUGUUCUCUGGAAAUCCAUACCCAUUUGGGAUUGAUCCGAUUUGGAACCUGGCUUCAAACAAACUGACAUUUUUGAACUCCUACAAGAUGAAGAUGUCAGUCAUCCUGGGAAUCGUCCAGAUGGUCUUCGGUGUUAUUCUGAGCCUUUUCAAUCACAUAUACUUUGGGAGAACUCUCAACAUCGUCUUGCAGUUUAUCCCUGAGAUGAUUUUUAUCUUGUGUCUGUUUGGAUACUUGGUCUUCAUGAUCAUUUUCAAGUGGUGCCGCUUUGACGUCCACGGGUCCUGGCACGCCCCGAGCAUCCUCAUCCACUUCAUCAACAUGUUUCUGUUUAACUAUGAGGACCCUUCCAACGCCCCCCUGUACAGGCACCAGCAAGAAGUCCAAAGUUUCUUUGUUAUCAUGGCUUUGAUUUCUGUGCCUUGGAUGCUUCUGAUUAAACCGUUUAUUCUUAGAGCCAAUCAUCGAAAAUCGCUGCUGCAGGCAUCCAUGAUCCGAGAAGAUGCCAUUGAGGACAUCGAAGGUGACAACUCCAGCCCUUCCGUGAGCACUGGUCAGAAGGCUUCUGCAGGGGGCCAUGGGGCUCAGGAAGACCACGAAGAAGAGUUCAACUUUGGAGACGUCUUUGUGCAUCAAGCCAUCCACACGAUCGAGUACUGCCUGGGCUGCAUUUCGAACACAGCCUCUUACCUCCGGCUCUGGGCCCUCAGCCUGGCUCAUGCCCAACUGUCUGAAGUGCUCUGGACUAUGGUGAUGAACAUCGGCCUUCGCCUGCGAGGCUGGGGGGGACUCGUUGGGGUCUUUAUCAUUUUUGCCGUAUUUGCCGUUCUGACGGUAGCCAUCCUGCUGAUCAUGGAGGGCCUCUCUGCGUUCCUGCACGCCCUGCGACUGCACUGGGUGGAGUUCCAAAACAAGUUCUACGUUGGGGCUGGUUACAAGUUUUCUCCUUUCUCCUUUAAAUACAUCCUGGACGAGGCCUCGGAGGAGUAGCGGCGGGUCCCGUGGCUGACACAUCUCCUGCCUCAGUCUCUGUGCCUGUGAAAGAAGGUCAGCCUCGUCUUCAGUGUCAGUCUGUGCCCAGUGGUCAAUGGAUGAUUGUUCUCAGCUACCUGGAGGCAGGAAGCCGUGUAUAUUUGACUUAUAAGCCUUGGGAUUUGAUACGACUUAACCAUGUCGCAAAGGAACCGACCUCAUAUGGGGUUGUUAUUGUCCAAUAUUAAAAUGACUGAGAAAUGGGGAACACUACACUGAUGUUUUUCUGCAAUAUUGUUAAGUAUCACAUGCAAGAAAAUAAACAAGGCUAUUCCCUUAUCCUUUAA